AUGUUUAUUUUAGCUCGUACAGCUGAUAUGGUUUAUUUCAGUGAAAAUGACCUGGAUUCAUGUGUCGUUUACAGAUAGUGACAUUAACCACAUGUUUGUUGUGCUUUUCUCACAAUAGAGUUCUGUUUGUUUUAUUGUAAUGUUCUUUCCCGUCAGUUCCUAAUCGUCUCAUUUGUAUGGAAAUAACAGUCCUCGGAGGAGAUUUGCUCCAGAAACACCUUUCUCUGUUGCUUUGAGAUGACUGUUCCUGUCUCUGAUGCCACUCUACAAUUAUUCUGGAGAUUCAAACAGUACUGCUUUGUGUUUGCCUCUGUGAGGUAAAAUAUCUCACAUGAAAAGAUCUGCUCUGUACCUCAGGUGCUGGCACCACUGUGACUGGAAAGACUAUGAGGAAUGUGAGAGUCUGGAGAUACAUCCAAUGGUCUGUGUGGUAUUAAUCACUUUAAGAUGACCGAAGAGAAUUGAAAGGCAUCCUGGCUCCACCUCAAGGUUUCUAUUUCUCUGUCUCCUGCCUCCGCUCCUCUAUGGGUUCCAGAAGUCAGGGGUUUUUCCAUCACCCAAAUCACCAUCAUCACCACCAUCAUCGCAGUUCAGUGCUACCCGCGGCUGUUCCCCGACUGGUGGCAGAAACCAGCAGCCUGUUAGGCGGCAUUGCCCAGAUCACCCCAUCCUUGUUCCUAGGCCGUGGGAAUGUGGCAUCAAACCGUAGUCUCCUCCUGUCCAAAGGAAUAACCUGUGUGGUGAACGCCACCAUCGAACUGCCCAACUUCAACUGGCCACACAUGGAGUACGUGAAGGUACCGUUGGCCGAUAUGCCUCACUCUCCGAUCUCGCUUUAUUUCGACAGCGUGGCCGAUAAGAUUCACAGCGUGGGCCGCAAACGCGGAGCCGUUCUGGUGCAUUGCGCGGCUGGCGUGAGCCGCUCCGCAUCGCUCUGCUUGGCAUACCUCAUGAAGUACCACAGGGUUUCUCUGGCUGAGGCUCACGCCUGGGUCAAAGCCCGUCGGCCGGUUAUUCGUCCUAAUGGAGGAUUCUGGCGACAGCUCAUCGAGUACGAGAGGAAACUGUUUGGCAGGAACUCUGUGAAAAUGAUCCAGACACCAUACGGGGUCAUUCCCGAUGUGUAUGAGAGAGACCGCAGAAAUCUGCCACCUUAUUGGGGCUUGUGAAGUAUGGAUUUGGUUUAAGCUUAUCAGAGGUCUGAGCAGGUCCAGUGAAGGACUCCCUUCGUCUUCCGGCCUCUAUUGAUACAAUUGCAUGUCUCUUCAGCAAGAGAAUCAAGUGUGAUGGUGAGUGUUUGUGUCCGGGAAGACGUCUAAACUUUUAUGAGCUCCAGAGUUAAAGGUCAUACUGUAGGUCAUUUAUGGAAAUCUAUCCUGGAGUUGAUAAUGGCUUCAGGAGCACUUUGGGAACCAAACAUGGUGCUGAGGACGUUUGAUGUUGUUUCAGUUUUGCUGUCGUCUUUGUUGAGAGACAACAGUCUGCUCCUGAUUAUUGGUAGCAUUUGAACAAAAUACAUUAUUGUAUUGCAAUGUGUAUUUAAACUGUGCAGAAAUGACAAAUUUACUAAUAUACGGAUGCACCAAAAUUUUAGACGCAGAAAAUUAUCGGCCAAAAAUGGUGUUAUAAGUUUUAACAAAAAGAAAAGGGGCCUAAAAUAUAUCUAUUGAAAAUAUAUCAUCUUAAAUAAAUGUAGUAUUAACAAGGCGGCUAAGUUGCUGGAUUAUUUUACUACUGUUUUCUAAUUGAACUUUAGACUAUUUAGAUAAAAAAUUUGUUCAAUUUGAUUCUGUUUCAUAUAACUAAAUGAAGAGUAUUUAGUAUUGCUUUAUUUUCGUCCAAUUUUGGUGUAUUACUUUCGAAAAAGUGUGAUUAUUUUAUUGUUUUGUAGUUUAUCCAAUGCAGGUUUAUAAAAUAAUUGAAAUGAAAAAGUCUAAUUAUAAUACAAAUAUACAAAAACUAUUUCAUUUUUGAUUUAUGGCCAGCUGCAAAAGAAAUGUCAAUUUCGGCCAAAAAUUUUCAUUCUUGGUGCAUCACUUAUAUAAUAGUUUUAAAAUGAGUAACACAAACUGUAACACUGCAACAUUGUGAUUUUAACAGUAAAACUUUAUAAUAAGGGUCAGUGAAACACAAUGAACUAAGACCUAAAUUAAUUCUCACUCAAAUAGGAACUAAUGAUGAGUUAAGCUAUGUAUUAACUCUUUCCUCACCAGCCAUUUUCACAAAAGUUUUACAAAAAGCCUUCCAGAAAAAUGUUCUUCUAAAAAUAUAUAAACACAAAUAUAUCAGAUGAAAAACAGACCCUCUGCUUUCAAACAAACAAUAAACAAACAAACAAACAAAAUGGGAAAAACCUGUUUCAUCCUAUCUAUAUAUUUUUUCUCUGCUUAUAAACUCUUAAAUAUGGGUAUAUUUCUUUAAAAUAUUUUUUAAGCACAAAGCUAAAAUAAUUGCAUUUUUGUGAAGGAUUUUGUUAGAGAUUAGAUUCAGAAUGAUUAUCAAAACAUACACAGAGUUUAAAAUGAGAAAAUAACGUUUUGGCUUCAGUUUUUUCAUAUGGGAUAAAUUAAUAAAAAAAUUAUGCAAAAGUUUUUUUCUCUUUUAAUUGACGAGAUAACUCCUCAAUGGUGGGGAAAGAGUUACUGGGUCAUAACUAAUGAAUAGUCAUUAAGUACAUAGAGUAAACAUUUAUUUAGGUCUUAAUCCGUAUUAUAAAGUGUAACCAGUUUAUCAGAUGUGUAAACUAAUUGUGUAUAUUAAAAGAAUUUUAUUGAAUAACAGGAGAAACUGACUGUAUAAAGAACAGUGUUGAGUGCUUCAUAAAAUGACAUUUCUGAAUUCUGAAAGUUAUUGAAUAUUUCUUUUAAAAACUUUUUUUAAAUGGCAGUCACUGUCAUCAUAUUUUCAAUGAUUUAUAUUUUCACUUGUUUUUUUUAAGCAUUAUUUUGAUUAAGAUUAGAUCUUUCAAAUAUUUUAUGCAGCAUAGCAUUUAUAACCAGAGAACAGCUCUGUCACAAGCACACAAGACUCUUAUUAGGCUUUUAUUAAAUCAUGUUAAAUAAAUUAACAUAAACUGUCCAGAUUAAUUAGUGUGUCAAAAAAUUAAUAAAGAAUGACAUAUUUUA